AAUUAACACGAUCGUUACAACAGAACUUGCCCCACUUUUCGAUAAUCAGUGAAUGGAAGGCAUCAACAACGUGUACACACAGUGAAUAUAAUAUACCUAAAAACCGACUCUUGAUAAUAAUCAUAGUCGGCCAUGUCUGCAACGAUGGAACAGCAAGACCUGUGACACAACUAAACACUUCAGGAUACGUCACGACCCCCACUAUCACCCUGUAGCACGACGUUUAAAACAGCCGGAAAUCUUUUCGAUAUUUUAUUGUUCAAGGAAAGAUAUUAUUGUGCCACUGUUCGUAUGAGACUGACAUUUUUGUGAAAACUUGUGGAAGUUUCGGAAUUUGUUUUCCGAAGACAGUGAGGGGCGGUGUGUGCUGUAGGAAACUAUAUAAGAAAAUGAAGAAGGAAAUCAAAUAUAAUGUUAACUGGAAAAUUCUUACCCUAGCGUUCGUUGGUUUUGUGAUGGUGUGCUUCUCCUGCUUCAUGUAUGUCUACGAUCCUCUACAAAUGAUAAUUAGAAGGUUGGUUUCCCUCACCCCAGGAUCAAUGCUUUUUACUAUCUGGAGUAACCCUCCAUACGAUGUGGUUAUGAAACUUUAUGUUUUCAAUGUAACAAAUCCAGAAGAAUUCUUGAGAGGGGAAGAAAAACUGAAUGUCCAGCAAUUAGGACCAUAUGCUUACAAAGAGUUGUUAACAAACCAAAAUUCAACUUUUCAUGACGAUGGUACAGUGACUUACACCCCUAGAAGAGACUUCCCUGUAGAUGCGGCAAACUCCAUUGGAGAUGCAAGAACUGAUAGAAUCAUCGUACCGAAUAUCCCAAUGAUUGGAAUUCAGUCCUAUCUCAAAGAUGCUUCCUUCAUCACGAAUAUUGGCUUCUCGACCAUUAGUACCAGUUUGGGUGCCCAGUCAUUCAUGAACCUAACCGUGGAAGAGUACCUUUGGGGCUAUGAGGACAAACUGGUAUCAGUGGCGAAUAAGUUCAUCCCCAGCUGGAUAGAUUUCGGGAAAUUUGGAAUCAUGGAAAGACUGAUGAAUAGAGACAACACCAACCAAGUCACAAUAAGCUCAGUGCCAGGCAAGACACAUUCCCCUUACGAGUACCUACUCACAGACGAGGAAAAAAUGGCAGAAUUCCACAUAGUCAAAUGGAAUGGUUCCCCAGGCCUGAAGGAUUGGGGAUUCGACGACUCCGAAGAAGCCAUCAGUACCACUAAGAAAUGCCACUUGGUAGAAGGGGCUUUCGAUGGAACCGUCUUCCCAAAACCCCUGAGGAAAAACAGGACGCUAACCUUGUUCCGGAAGGCUUUUUGUCGUCCAGUAGACCUAACGUUCGUAGAGGAAUCCACGACCGCUCAAGGCUUCAGGUCUUACAACUACAAGCUCAACAACAAUAUGUUCGCUUCACCAGAAAUCAACCCAGCCAACGAAUGCUUUUGCAGAAAUGGGGAAUGUCCUGGAAAAGGUCUGCAGAACAUUGGGGUUUGCUAUUACGAUAUACCUAUCGUCCUGUCACAGCCACAUUUCCUCAAUGGGGCUCCAGAGGUCAUCAACGCUAUAAGUGGGAUGAACCCAUCUGAAGAGCUGCAUUCUGGCAUAGCCAAAAUCCAUCCAGAUCUAGGGGUUCCCCUAGAUGAAUCCACUUUGAAAGUGCAGGUCAAUCUAGGUGUGGGGAAGACGAAGUACAAUUCCAAAACCAGGCCUUUCAAUGAUUUGACAUUACCAUUGCUCUGGAUAGAGCUGGACUGCAUGGAGCUUCCCAAAUACAUUGCUUUCCUCAUCACCUUGGUGGUAGACGUACUUCCAGUGUGCCAGAAUGUCCUUAUUUACUUGCUGGGCUCUAUAGGUUUGGCUAUGGUGUCUGGAGCAGCUUUACUCACGCUGUUUUUUUCUAAAACGAUGGUGCCAAGGUCAAUGAGCAUCGCUUCAGAGUAUUCGCCGAUACCUAUUAUCAACAUACCUUCCCAUUAUUUCAAGGAGAAGGAGUUGAGGAUUUGUAAAUAGUAUUCGCAGAUCGUUUUAGGUACCUUGAAGCUAUUAGCAAUUGCGUCUGUGACGUGUUAGAGACUGAAAUAAAUUAUUUUUUCUUUGGUGUGGUGUAUCGGAAAAUGUACCAUACGAUUGUGUUUAUUUUCUGGUAUGUGUAGACAUCGUUCGCUCUGUUAUUAGUGUACAUAGUUAGUGAGAUUGCUAGUUUUUAUAAGCUAUUAUUUACGGAUGUUUUUUUUUCUAUGUAUUUUUGUCUUGAUUAAAGUAAUCAUCGAUUUAU